GCAUUCGCCGGAGCGAGCUGGAGCGACGGGUCCCUUGGAGACACCUCUCUCCAUGGCAACCUAAUCGCUUCCUGUGAAGAUCCCGAAAUAACCGACGAGACGGGGGAGCGGAGCGGAGCCGAGCGGAGCGGAGCGGGCAGCGGCGGCGGGGAGGCGGCGGGCGCCGGGGGGCAGCCAGGGCUCAGCCUCAUCAAACCUUCCUCCUCCUCCUCCUCCUCUCCUUCCUUCGUCCUGGCCAUGAGAGGCACCGGCAGCAGCAGCUGUGCUCCCCCAGCCCCCUGCUCCGCCGCCCCAGCUGCACCCCACUCGUCUCCCCGCAAGUGAAGAAGAUGAGACUGGAUCCUUGCUGAGCGAAGACGCUGUUGCAUCUGAGAUGGAGCCCAGUGCCUGCAGGAUGCCUCCAUUCUUCUCCUGCGUCCACUCCCUGCAGCUUUGGCAUCUCCUCCUCCUGGUCUCAGCCGUCCCUCCUCCUGGCGUCUGGUCUCUUCGCUCCCGGGGGCCGGCGGCCACUCGGCCUCUUUGCUCCCGUCGGAACCCCUCGGCCCCACGGCCCAUUUGUAUCUGGGACAGGACCUCGCUGCCAGAGAGGGAUUCUCGCUUUGUCCUGCCGCGCCAGCGGGCCCUGCCACCCCGGGGGGGAGAGCUGCGGCAUGUCGUGCGGCUGAGGCGCCAGGCGGCGGGGGCCCGUCCCGCCACCCCCUCCGGAUUUGAGGACGGCAUGCCCUCCUCCCAGUACCCCUGGGCCAUCGUGUGGGGUCCAACAGUGUCAGAUGAGGACGGAGGGGACACCAACUCGGCCAACCCAGGCUUCCCACCGCUUGGAUACACCUUUGUCUCGCCACACGGGAUGGCAACGGCGCAGCCCAACUCCCACUCGCUCCUGCACAACGCGGGGCUCAACCUGCGUGAGACCCCAGCCACCCUGCGGCCCUUCUUGUUUGGGCCCCGGGGGGAAGGUGUGGACCCCCAGCUGUACGUCACCAUCACCAUCUCCAUCAUCAUUGUCCUGGUCGCCACUGGGAUCAUAUUCAAGUUCUGCUGGGACCGCAAUCAGAAACGCCGGCGUCACUCGGGGCAGCAGAGCAGUGGGAGGCAGCAGGAGAGCCAGCAGCCCCUCACGGACCUCUCCCCCACCACCGUCAGCAUCCUGGGGCCCUAUGGUGACUCCUUGGCCCCCACGCCCGAGGCAGAGGAGUCCAGGCAGGGCCAGGAGGGCGCGGAGAAACUGGGGGGCCACGGGAAGAGCACAGCCUUCCAGCUCAACCGAAUCCCACUGGUGAACCUGUGACGCUCACGGGAGAAGCAGAGCUGGCUCCCCCCACCCUCCUGUCACAGCCGGCGAGCACAGACUCCUGCCGCCUCUGCUACCCCAGGAAAAAAUGACCUCCUUGUGCCACGGCCCACCACCACCAUUAUUAACUAACUCCACCAGGAUGUGCCUGGGCAAAUGGACAGGCUGGGCCUCCUUGGCCUCCUGCUGGGGGAAGAUUGGGGACACUCCCACCCUGCCCACACAGGACAGGGUGAUGAGAGAGCAGAAUGGUGGGAGGGAAGACAGCUGGUGGUGGUGUGAAAUCUUGGCCUCCCCAGACCCUCUCCUAGCACACAUGCAGACACACACGCAGACACACACUUGGACCUCCAUGACUCUCUCACCAGUGCAUGCCUGACAUCGGGGGUAGGCGAGGUGGAAAGGCGUACCCCUGUCCCCGUGGGCCCUAACCUCUCUUUGUGUCCCUUCCCAUGUCGUGUGCUUUGAAGUGAACGUCUGGACUUCAGUGGCUGCAGGAUUGCCUGCCGAGGCUCGGUCUCCCCUGGGCCAGGACUCAAGUGAUGGCAAGUUCUUCUGUUCCCAAGGCCUUGGCCCUCCCACGGGUCCCAAGGGUGGGUGAAGCUUGGGCAGUAGAGGCUCACACACCACUUGGCCCCCCUCAGCAACCCAUUUCCUUGAAGGAAACAUCACCUCCCCCUUAGAUGGAAGAUACAUCUUUCCAUUUUCUUUCUGCUUAACACUCCUCUGUUUUUUCUGUUCAGCUUGUAUCUUUCUUCAUCUCUCCAUCCCCAAUUUUUUUCUCUCAGUUCCUCCUCCUGCCACUUCUUGCCAGUUAAAGUUGGAAAAGGUUCCUUUAGCUUUCCAAAUGUUUUGAUCUCUUGGAAGCCUCCUUGCUGUCCCCCUCCACCCCUUCAGUCUCCUUCAGCAAGGAUUUUCUGAAGAACAUCAGUCUAGGGUGAUGUUCUUCAUAAAAUCUGAGGCGAAGCCCUCUGCCCAUCAUGUUAUUUAGCAAGCAUCCUGUACACUGGGAUACUGCCGAAUCAGCUAAAGCAUGGCAUGCAGGUAUAGCUGGGCAUGAGGAACUUGAGUUUUGCUGGGCUGAGGUAGGGAAUAGCUUUCAGACACUCAUGCCACAGGCCACAAGCAGCAGAUGUGACUCUCUGUGCCUGGGAUGACAAAAAGCAAUUUAAAGUUGACCUUGGGAACAUUUGGAGGGUUGCUGUGUACUGCUGGUAGGCGUCCUCCCGGAAUGCAAGGUGACUGGAGACCUGCGAGGCAACGCUCACCAAGGGCACAAGAGAGGGGAUAUGUGGGGUGCCAGUCUUCAUAAGUGUAUUGCCCCAGCUGGUUGGGGACUGAAACCAAUGGCACAGGUAUCAGUGCAAACCGGUUGCCUGAGCAUGUGCUUUGGGGCUGUGCUGGUCUGUAGGGCAGGCAGUCACAUUGUCAGUUACUUGUGUGAGCAAGAUCAGUGCGUCUCAACCUCUUCCUAUGCACGGAUCCAUGGGUGUCACUUUGAGGAAGUGUGAAAUGGCAAAUUUCAGCUUAAUGACAAUAGUUGCUCUCCCUUGGCUUUUGUGGACACCUUCAAAGUAAUUCACAGACCUCACAUUGACAGUCACUGAGCUGAAAAGAUGCAGAUUUAGGUAAGGUUGCCCCUAUACUGUACAAACACCUUCAGCUGCUGGACUGAUGUGGUCAGAGAUAGGAAACUCACCCACUAUUUGAAGGCCCUAAUCUACCAUACAAGGUCUCUGACAAAAGUCAUCUUGGAGAAAAGGAAAUGGCCCUUUCAUCCUUUAUCUCAGCAGUAAAAGCUUAUUCUUUGUAGGACAAAGCACAGGGAAUUUUAUAAGAGGCCUGGUUCUGCCCAUUUACCCAGCUGAACUAUUAGGUGAUCUCUAGUCCCAUCUGACUCACGGUGAAGGACAUUUAAAUGAGAGUGUAAAUUGCAAUAAGCUUCACAAAAAACAGUAGAGAUUUGGAGAAAAUGACAGGUCAAAUAAAAUUACUAGCUUAUUAAAAGCACAGAAUGGCUGAAAGGUGUAGGUGGAAAAGGACUCUGGAGGUCUCUAGUCUAAGUACAGGGGAUUAUAGCAGGGGAUAUUAUUACUUUACCCUAGAUCGAUCUAUUACUGAGCCUUUUCCUUAUUCAGGCUUCAUUCAAGGCUUUGGUGGACAUUCAAGCUGGAGAUGGACAGGACAGAGAAGGGGGCAGAUGGCUGUUCCUGCCCGCUGCCCCGCUCACCACAGCCCCGCCGGCUGAGGGGCUGUUCCCCCUCUCUCUGGCACAUCGGCGCUGGAGAAGGCCAUCUGCGUGCAGUCUGUAAGAGGCUGCACUGCUUAUUGCUGGCAGUUUACAAUAUAAUGCCUUGAACUGGUUUAAGUAAUCUUCCAGACCAGAUUAAUUAGAUUGCUCUUUGAUCAAUAGCGCUUGUUGAAACAAGGCCAGAGUUUAGACUCUACCACUUCAAGGGCUGUCCUUGGACUUUCCCUUUCCACACGCUGCAUGGAGAGAAAGUCUGUAAGAAAGUGGCAGGGCACCGCAGGAGGCGUAGUGAAAACAUUUUCCAACACUUGAUGCAGGGAAGCCCUGCGCUCUGCUGGCCAGGCUUUUGUAAACUCUACAAACAAAUCAGAUUUCAGUGGUUUGGGUUUUUUUCCCCUCUUUAAUGUGUCUCUGUUUUUGUUAAAAGUAUCUCCAGGGAACAAAUCCUUUCAUGGAUGCUGUAGUAAGGAGGAAGCUGAGGAAUGCAGUAGAGAAAACUCUUACAAUGACAGAAGCUUGGAUAUGCUGAACAUCUUUUCCAAGAUCAAUUUUUCUAGCCAUAUAUGUUUUCAUGACAGUCAUUCACUCUCUCACACAAAACAGGUUAGAUAUGGGAAACAAAUUCAUUGUCCUGCCCAAACUUUCAUUGCUACAUCUUGUCCCUGGAACAUUCAAAGCACGUGUGGACACACAAGCUUCUUCCAGUCAAUAAAUAAUCUCACUGGA